UUUUACACUGGCUCCACGGUCCUCUAUGAAGUUAGUAUGAACUUAGCGCGGGGACCAGCUGAAGCGAACGGCGAUCACGUGACCUCUUCCUCUUUCCAUUGGGAUCUUACCAAACGAUCACCAUGCCUCUCGCCAGAGAUCUGAUCAACCCUAGCCUCGAGACUGAGAAGCGCAGGCACAAGAAGAAGCGCUUGGUCCAGAGUCCAAACUCCUACUUCAUGGACGUCAAGUGCCCAGGUUGCUACAAGAUCACGACUGUGUUCAGCCAUGCCCAGACUGUGGUUCUGUGUGUAGGAUGUUCCACCGUGCUGUGCCAACCCACAGGUGGCAAGGCCAGGCUAACAGAAGGCUGCUCUUUCAGAAGGAAGGCCCAUUAAGCCAUCUCAUUUCCAGCUCGCUUGCCAGUGUUCAUGUAAAUAAUGCCACACUGGUAAGCGGGGAGGGAAGAUCACAGUAUGAGCCCCCUUCUGACAAGCCUUAGCCUCACCGACCAGCACUGAACUGCACCUGACCGGCUUGAACCAGUCUGAUCCAGUUUGUACCUGUACCAGAGAAUCUUCAAAUGUGCCAAGUGGGAAGAGUUCCUCAAAAACCACAAAGAAAGAUAGCAUUUUGUUUUGCUGCUUUUCCUUUAAACGCAUCUGCAAAAUUCAUCGAAUUGUCAAUCAAGUGUUAGGAUAGGGCUUGACCCCAGAUAAUCAGUGCUUAAUUUCAAAUAAUAAAAGCUUUUUUCUUGGUUAUUUAGAGCUGUAUAUCCUUAAAGCUCAAACCAUGGCGACAAGCAGAGUACUUCCCAACAAAAGGAAGUUUUUAACCAAGAGUCGUCCAGUAAUGUGAAAUAUUAACACUGCUGCACUGUUUUGUUUCGUGUCAGUCAUGUAAUAAAAUACUGUGCAUCUUUCCUCAA